AUCUAAACUGUCAUUUGUCAUGUCAGCAUUUUGACAGGUCGUUGCCCCACUGUCAAAAAUAUUAAUUUUCGGGGUGCAAGGCUAGUUUGAAAGUAAUUUUAAUUUCCUAAUUUAUAAUUCCGAAAUGUCUCUUUCUCCUUGGCUGAAAUCACCUUUUACAGAUUUAACAGGAGCCAUAGUAAGCCACCAAUGGUAUGGUCGAUGUGCUGAUCUCGAACUACAAGCAUUGGACUGCUUAGAAGCCUAUGGUUUGGAUAGGGGUAUAAAGAAAUGUGAUUUACUUUUACAAGACUUUACUGAAUGUUCUUUACGAAUUAAGCAAAUGAAUAGGAUGUUUGCUAUGAGGAAUGAAAGACAUCGUCAAUAUUUUGCCGGAGAAAGAAGCAAAGAAGAAAAAUGGGCAGCAGGACCAAAGCCAGAUAGUUACUAAGUACCAAUUAAAUUUGUAGAUAUAUUUAUAGUUUUUGUUUCAGAAUGUUAAUAAAAA